GUACACCAGCUCCAUCACUUGACUCAUAAGUGGCCUUUUGUAGGCUUCAUCUCUUGGCAGUGCAAAUUGACAGGCGUCAUCCUUUUAAAUGUCAAAUUUAGGAUUAAGACUCCAGUUAAGACACCUUACGUCAUUGGGGAAAGAGAAGACCUCUGAACCCACCAGGGUAACCAGAAUACUUUUGCAGCGGCACACAGAUUCAAUCUUCUUUGGGGUCUCUGAUGAGUAAUGUAGAUACUAAGACAGCAAAAGGCGUAGCUGAUGACUUUAACCAAAUUUUACCUUUCAACCAAAUCCCAGAAAAUAAUCUGCAACAAAGCGGCAAAUGGUGCAGAGUGCUAUGUUGAACAGCAGACUGUACUUUUUUUUUUUCUGCCCAACUUCACGUUUCCAUGCACCAAAAUGGUGAUGUUAUAAAAAUCGGAUCGCUCGCUUACCUGACAGUCUCCUUGUACCCCACUGGGGCGCGAAGAGAGCGGCGGCAGGAGCGGGCUCCACCCGCCGCGAGUUCAGGGGCUGGCCCCGGGGGCGGGAGCCGCCCGCCCCGCCCGCAGUCAGUCCCCGGCGCGCACGCGCACGCACGCUCCCCUCGGCUUCGGGACCUCGGCUCCUUAGCAGCGCCACGACGGACCCGCUCCUCGGGCGAGGCUCCGAGGCGUGCGCAGCCACGUGACCGGCGUCAACAUGGCGGCGUCCAGCGGCGCCCACCUGCUCGUCCUCCGAGUCGACCUCUUCAGGACGGAGAUAUUAUCAACAUUGAUGUCACGGUCUAUUACAAUGGCUACCAUGGAGACACCUCUGAAACAUUUUUGGUGGGCAAUGUGGAUGAAUGUGGUAAAAAGUUAGUGGAGGUUGCCAGGAGGUGUAGAGAUGAAGCAAUUGCAGUUUGCAGAGCUGGGGCCCCCUUCUCUGUAAUUGGAAACACAAUCAGCUGUAUAACUCAUCAGAAUGGUUUGCAAGUCUGUCCUCAUUUCGUGGGACAUGGAAUAGGAUCUUACUUUCAUGGACAUCCAGAAAUCUGGCAUCAUGCGAAUGACAAUGAUCUGCCUAUGGAGGAGGGUAUGGCAUUCACCAUAGAGCCAAUCAUCACCGAGGGAUCCCCUGAAUUUAAAGUCCUGGAAGAUGCUUGGACUGUGGUCUCCCUAGACAACCAAAGGUGUAUGCUUUCUGCCCUGUUGGCUUUAAAAAUUGUUCCGGAAGGGAAGAUAAGCGUGAUGGGCUUUCGGGCCGCGCGGACGCUGGCGUGCGUCCUGACCUCUGCGCUCUGUUUCAGGUCCGCCCAGUUUGAGCACACAGUUCUCAUCACGUCGGGGGGCGCCAAGAUUCUCACCAAGCUGCCCUACGAGGCCUGAGACGGACGCGCUUUUUCUCCCCUCAGUUGCUGAAAUCCAGCCCGAGAACUUUAGAAACAAUGGGAUCAGCAGGUCGCGCUGUAACCUACCUAGUACCCAAUUGUGUCUCCGGAAAACGCGGUGGGCACUGGAACUGAUGGGAACUUAGAUCUGAAGCCCAGCCCGGGGCCGUGCGGCUUUGGAAAGUGGAUCCUGGCCCUUCCCAUGGCGGAAAAUCCAUCCGUUUGGGAGACGGAAUUCCAGGAGAAGCAGUAUUUCCCUUGUCCAGUUAAAAAAAAAAAAAACCUCUUAAACC